AUGAAUCCGAUGGACGAAGAUCAAGAGUACGAUCCCCAGAUGAAUGAGGAAGAUGAAGGGGACGAGGAGAUUACUCAGGAGGACGCGUGGGCCGUCAUCUCCGCCUACUUCGAGGAGAAAGGUUUGGUGCGGCAGCAGCUUGACUCGUUCGAUGAGUUCAUCCAGAACACGAUGCAAGAGAUUGUGGACGAGUCGGCUGAUAUCGAAAUUCGGCCGGAGAGCCAGCAUAAUCCCGGCCAUCAGUCCGAUUUCGCUGAGACCAUUUAUAAGAUCAGCUUCGAGCAGAUAUAUUUGAGUAAGCCUAUGAUGACCGAAUCUGACGGAGAAACAGCAACACUAUUCCCUAAAGCUGCCAGGUUGAGAAACCUAACGUAUUCAGCUCCUUUGUACGUGGAUGUUUCAAAGAGGGUGAUAAAGAAGGGUCAUGAUGGUGAAGAAGUAACUGAAUCUCAGGAUUUCACCAAAGUUUUCAUUGGGAAGGUUCCUAUAAUGCUUCGGUCAAGUUUUUGCACGUUGCACCACAAUUCUGAGACAGAUCUAACGGAGCUUGGAGAGUGUCCGUUUGAUCAGGGUGGGUAUUUCAUAAUUAAUGGCAGUGAGAAAGUGCUGAUUGCCCAGGAGAAGAUGAGCACAAACCAUGUUUAUGUUUUCAAGAAAAGGCAGCCAAACAAGUAUGCAUAUGUGGCCGAAGUUCGAUCCAUGGCAGAGUCUCAAAACCGGCCUCCGAGUACCAUGUUCGUUCGGAUGCUUUCUCGGACUAGUGCUAAAGGGGGUUCAUCAGGACAGUACAUUAAGGCUACACUACCAUACAUCAGAACUGAGAUUCCAAUCAUAAUUGUGUUUCGAGCUCUGGGGUUUGUUGCUGACAAGGACAUAUUAGAGCACAUAUGUUACGAUUUCGCUGAUACACAAAUGAUGGAGUUGCUUCGUCCCUCAUUGGAAGAAGCAUUUGUUAUUCAGAAUCAACAGGUUGCUCUUGACUAUAUCGGAAAACGUGGGGCAACUGUUGGUGUUACAAGGGAGAAGAGGAUCAAGUAUGCUAGAGAUAUUCUACAAAAGGAAAUGCUUCCUCAUGUUGGAACCGCGGAAUAUUGUGAGACCAAAAAAGCGUACUAUUUUGGGUAUAUCAUCCACCGUCUUCUACUCUGUGCUCUUGGGCGGAGACCUGAAGAUGAUAGAGAUCAUUAUGGUAACAAGAGGCUUGACCUUGCUGGUCCUUUACUUGGAGGCCUCUUCAGAAUGCUGUUCAGAAAGCUGACUAGGGAUGUGAGGUCUUAUGUCCAGAAGUGUGUUGAUAAUGGGAAAGAUGUCAAUCUUCAAUUUGCCAUCAAAGCAAAAACCAUAACCAGUGGUCUUAAAUACUCGCUCGCCACAGGAAACUGGGGACAAGCGAAUGCAGCUGGCACCAGGGCUGGAGUAUCACAAGUGUUAAAUCGAUUGACCUUUGCCUCUACACUAUCUCAUCUGCGGAGGUUGAACUCCCCGAUAGGGCGUGAAGGAAAAUUGGCCAAACCAAGGCAGCUCCAUAACUCUCAAUGGGGAAUGAUGUGUCCAGCUGAGACACCUGAAGGACAGGCUUGUGGGCUAGUGAAAAAUCUUGCUUUGAUGGUGUAUAUAACCGUUGGGUCUGCACCACACCCUAUAUUGGAGUUUCUGGAAGAGUGGGGCACUGAGAACUUUGAGGAAAUAUCACCUGCUGUUAUUCCCCAAGCCACCAAGAUUUUUGUUAAUGGUUGCUGGGUAGGUAUCCAUCGAGAUCCUGAUAUGUUGGUGAAGACAUUGCGGCGACUGAGGAGGCGGGUUGAUGUCAACACCGAAGUUGGUGUUGUCAGGGAUAUCCGGUUGAAGGAGUUGCGCAUCUAUACAGAUUAUGGCCGUUGCAGUCGCCCUUUGUUCAUCGUGGAUAAACAAAGGCUUCUGAUAAGAAAGAGGGAUAUCAUUGCACUGCAGCAGAGGGAAUCUCCUGAAGAGGCUGGCUGGAUUGAUCUGGUCGCAAAAGGAUUUAUCGAAUACAUUGAUACAGAGGAAGAAGAAACAACUAUGAUCUCUAUGACUAUACAUGACCUUGUACAAGCAAGAAACAACCCAGAAGAAGCUUAUUCUGAGACUUACACACACUGUGAGAUCCAUCCAUCAUUGAUCCUAGGUGUUUGUGCCUCGAUUAUUCCAUUUCCUGACCAUAACCAGUCUCCACGUAACACUUAUCAAUCUGCUAUGGGAAAGCAAGCCAUGGGAAUUUAUGUCACCAACUACCAAUUCCGCAUGGACACAUUGGCAUAUGUUCUAUACUAUCCGCAAAAGCCACUUGUUACUACAAGAGCCAUGGAGCAUCUGCACUUUAGACAGCUUCCAGCUGGGAUUAAUGCAAUUGUGGCAAUUUCUUGCUAUUCUGGAUACAACCAGGAAGACUCUGUCAUCAUGAAUCAAUCAUCAAUUGAUCGUGGGUUCUUCAGAUCACUUUUCUUCCGUUCAUACAGGGACGAGGAGAAAAAAAUGGGAACACUGGUGAAAGAAGAUUUUGGACUUCCAGACAGGGCUAAUACCAUGGGCAUGCGGCAUGGCUCAUAUGACAAAUUGGAUGACGAUGGCCUUGCACCUCCUGGUACAAGGGUUGCUGGUGAAGAUGUUAUUAUUGGGAAGACCACUCCUAUCUCACCGGAAGAUGCCCAAGGUUCAAAUGCACGUUACACAAAGCGUGAUCACAGCAUAAGCUUACGUCACAGUGAAACCGGGAUGGUUGAUCAAGUUUUGCUGACAACAAAUGCUGAUGGGUUGAGAUUUGUGAAAGUGAGGGUGAGAUCUGUCCGGAUACCCCAAAUAGGGGACAAGUUUAGUAGUCGGCAUGGUCAGAAGGGAACGGUAGGGAUGACUUACACGCAAGAGGACAUGCCGUGGACGAUUGAAGGCAUAACGCCUGAUAUUAUUGUGAAUCCACAUGCUAUUCCCUCGCGUAUGACGAUUGGCCAGCUCAUCGAGUGCAUCAUGGGGAAGGUUGCUGCUCACAUGGGCAAGGAAGGAGAUGCUACGCCAUUUACAGAUGUCACUGUCGACAAUAUCAGUAAGGCUUUACACAAAUGUGGGUACCAAAUGCGUGGUUUCGAAACCAUGUACAAUGGCCACACUGGUAGACGGCUUACAGCCAUGAUUUUCCUUGGCCCAACUUAUUAUCAAAGGUUGAAACAUAUGGUGGACGAUAAGAUCCAUUCUCGGGGAAGAGGUCCAGUUCAGAUCCUCACAAGGCAGCCUGCUGAAGGAAGGUCGCGUGAUGGCGGUCUCCGAUUCGGUGAAAUGGAACGCGAUUGCAUGAUUGCCCAUGGAGCUGCACACUUUCUAAAGGAGAGAUUGUUUGACCAAAGUGAUGCAUAUAGGGUCCAUGUCUGUGAGCGUUGUGGACUGAUCGCCAUUGCAAAUUUGAAGAAGAAUUCAUUCGAGUGUAGAGGCUGCAAGAACAAAACCGAGAUUGUUCAGGUUCACAUUCCAUACGCUUGUAAGCUCCUGUUCCAAGAGCUCAUGUCCAUGGCCAUAGCACCGAGAAUGCUAACCAAGGACAUUCCUGCUGCGUCCAAAACCCAAAAGAAGAAAGGAGCAUAA